AUGCAACAAAUGCUACAGCUUAUGUUUUCUAUGCAAAUGGACAUGCAACGAUCAUUGCGUCAAGAAGCAGCAAGUGCUAUUGUUAACAACACCUCAACUAUGAUAACAACAAUAAAUCAGCCAAUGAAUGCUGGUCAUUGUACAAUAUGUUUGACUGCUAUUGCCGAUACAGUACUUUAUCGUUGUGGUCAUCUCUGUGUAUGUUAUAUGUGUGGAUUAAAUCUUCGAGAAACAAGAUCUACUACUGGUGUCAAAUAUCCAAUAUGUCGAGCUCCAGUUGAUGAUAUUCUUCGUGUUUAUCAAAGUAGCCGUAAUGGAGAAUUAAUAUAA